CCUGCAGUCUGCGCACACGCAGCGAACGAGCAUCAGCGUUGAGGUAUCUCCACACUCUCUAAGCUACAACAACCAUGUCGGACCUCUGUGUUGGAAUCAAUGGCUUUGGGCGCAUUGGUCGCCUGGUUCUGAGGGCUUGCCUCCAGAAAGGCAUCAAAGUCGUAGCCAUCAACGACCCCUUCAUUGACUUGAAGUACAUGGUCUACAUGUUCAAGUAUGACUCCACUCACGGCCGUUAUGAUGGCGAGGUCUCCCACGAUGACAGCAAGCUUAUCGUCGAUGGUCAUGGCAUCUCAGUUUUCCAGUGCAUGAAGCCCGCUGAGAUCCCCUGGGGCAGUGCUGGAGCCAAAUAUGUUGUCGAGUCCACCGGAGUCUUCCUGAGUGUGGAGAAAGCCUCUUCUCACAUCCAGGGUGGUGCACAGCGUGUGGUUGUGUCUGCCCCAUCACCUGACGCUCCAAUGUUUGUCAUGGGAGUCAACGAGGACAAAUACGACCCCUCCUCCAUGACCAUCGUCAGUAACGCCUCCUGUACCACCAACUGCCUGGCCCCCCUGGCCAAAGUCAUCCAUGAUAACUUUGGUAUUGAGGAGGCUCUCAUGACUACAGUCCACGCCUACACAGCCACCCAGAAGACGGUGGACGGGCCCAGCGCCAAGGCCUGGCGUGACGGCCGUGGUGCCCACCAGAACAUCAUUCCAGCUUCCACCGGUGCCGCCAAGGCAGUGGGCAAAGUCAUUCCUGAGCUCAAUGGUAAGCUGACCGGAAUGGCGUUCAGGGUGCCAGUGGCCGACGUGUCGGUUGUGGACCUGACAUGCCGUCUGUCCAAGCCUGCAUCUUACGCUCGGAUUAAGGAGGCUGUCAAGAAGGCUGCACAUGGAUCCAUGAAGGGAAUUCUGGGUUACACUGAGGAUCAGGUGGUGUCCUCUGACUUCAUCGGUGACACUCACUCCUCCAUCUUUGAUGCUGGUGCUGGCAUCUCCCUCAACGACAACUUUGUCAAGCUCAUUUCCUGGUAUGAUAACGAGUAUGGCUACAGUAGCCGUGUUGCCGAUCUGCUGCUGUACAUGCACUCCAAGGAGUAGACACUUCCUGCCCCGAAAGGAAGUUAGGAAAGGGACCACCCCUAAACAUCGUAAACCCUCACUUACCUUUUACAAAAGGCCCCACCCAUAGCCAAGUCAUAGCUUUUGGACCCUUAGCUCUCCUACAGUAAAUGUAGGCAGCAGCAGCGUGUUUGAUUGUUCUGAGUUCAUCUGUCUUUUCCUUUGACGACGAGGCGACAGGUCGGUGAAAGUACUUGUGUUCGUGUGCCCCUCUCCACCUCCCACUGCCAAGUUAGAUGUCUCGUUCCAGCUGAGUACUUAUCGUAACUACUGUAUUAAUUUCACUGUUGGUGUUUUUAAAAGCUUUGUCACCAGUGGAAGGAGUAAACUGAGAGGCAGCCCUACUGUAACUGCUUAAAGUUAGAGACGACUAAAUAAAACGUGAGAAAAUCCAAAA